UUUAAGGAUUUCUCCUUCAGCCGGCUUCCUUCUUCGCUUCGGUCACGCUGCCAAAAAGUCGCCGGCUCCCGAGCCCUGACAGAAAAAGCCUGAAAAAUGAAGAUCUGGGCGUCAGAGCACAUUUUUAACCACCCAUGGGAGACGGUGACCAAGGCAGCAAUGCAGAAGUAUCCCAACCCGAUGAACACCAGUGUGUUCGGUGUGGAUGUUCUGGACAGAAAUGUUGAUGUAGAGGGGCGAUUACACAGCACCAGACUGCUCAGUACAGAGUGGGGUCUCCCUGCCAUUGCCAAGUCUAUAAUCGGAGUAACUAGAACAUGCACUUAUGUUCAGGAACAUUCAGUAGUGGACCUCAAACAGAAAACAUUUGAACUUCAAUCUACAAAUAUCUCUUUCACCAACCUGGUAUCUGUUGAUGAGAAGCUGACAUACAAGCCACAUCCUCAGGACCCAGAAAAGACGGUGCUGACACAAGAGGCUCUGAUCAGUGUGAAAGGUGUCAGUCUGAGCAGCUACCUAGAGAGUCUCAUGGCUAAGACCAUGUCUGUUAACGCAAGCAAGGGUCGGGAAGCGAUGGAGUGGGUCAUCAGAAGAUUGAACGCAGAGAUCGAGGAACUGGCAGCCACUGCUCGUGGUUCCAUCCGUGUUCCCAUGGCAGCAGCUGUUGCAGACAAAUGAUCCCGACCUUCCAUUUGCUCCCACCAUCAUGAACCGAUGGACUUCUCAGACAUUUUCCCCUCAAAGGGGACCUCUCACCCCAUUUCCCAACACAGUCUAACAACCACAGCCCCCUACUUUUGGUCCUGCGUGUGUUUGUGUUUGUCAAAAGAACAUGGUUUGUCCUUCCUCAGCAGCCUGCACUUAAAAGUUUCCACUUGUCUCUGUAAGGAGUGGCGAGGAGUGUUGAGCUGGUGACGGUUGAUGGUAGUUGGAAAAGAAAAAAAAAACAGGGUUGAAACAGACUGCACUUAAAGCUCAUAGGGCUUGUGAUGUUUUUU